UGUCCCGACGAGACGGGAACACGACGGUCAUGCAUGACGCGGGACGAUCGCAUCGGGUUCGCGACCGGUCGUGCUGAUCGGUUGUGCCGGUUAUCGGGACGUGGAUCUAACGCGAGGAAUGUACCAUAUCUCGUCUUCAUAGAGGAACUUGGCAAAGAAAACGAGAAAGGAGGGAGAAAAGAAUCCGUACGCUUCGCUUUGCAUCGCGGGCCGCGCCGUAGAGGAUGGAAAGGUCGAGAUAAUAUCGCGAGUGUCGAGGAGGAGGAGGAGGAGGAGGUGGUGGUGGAGGGACGGCCGUGGCGUGGUGCUGGAGGCCCCAGGAUGUGGCAUCUGCUACUGUUCCUCGUCCUGGGAGCGACCCCCGGCCUGGGCGCGACCCCCGCUCCGGGUGCGCUGCACGAGCGCGUAAAGUACCUGGAGGUGUCCGAGAACGUGCGGCCGGGCACCCGGGUGGGUUUCAUCGACAUUGACAGCCCGCCUUAUCUGAUAGCGCCGGUACCGGGUUCGCCGGUGGAGACCGAUCUGAUCAUCGAGUCGGCAACGGGGGAGAUAAGAACGCGGGUGCCGUUGGACCGCGAGACCCGACCGUCGUACAGCCUGGUGGCGUUGCCGAGAGUACGGGUGGUUAUCACUGUGCUCGACGAGAACGAUAACGCGCCCACCUUCGCCGUGGACCACGUGUACAUCGAGUUCCCGGAGAACUCGCCCCGUGACCAACGCGGCCGCGACGGCGUUUUGUACCUGGAUCUUCAGAUCGCCGGCUCGCUGGAUCGCGAGAUGCGCUCCCGCUAUCAUCUGGUGAUCGAGGCGCUCGACGGUGGCACCCCGCCGCUCCGCUCUCAUUUGAACGUCAACGUCACCGUCCAGGACGUCAACGACAAUCCGCCUGUCUUCAACCAGACGCGCUACGACGCGAGCGUGCCGGAAAACGCGACUGUCGGCACGCCGGUGCUCGCGGUGAAUGCGACCGACGCCGACGCCGAGGACAACGGCCGUAUCGAGUACUCCAUCAAUCGCCGACAGUCCGAUCGCGAGGAGAUGUUUCGCAUCGAUCCGGAGACCGGGAUGGUAUACGUCAACAAGGCCCUUGACUUCGAGUCGAAGGAACGACACGAGCUGGUGAUCGUCGCUCGGGAUCGCGGCGCCCAGCCGUUGGAAGCCAGCACUUUUCUCUCCAUCCACGUGACCGACGUCAACGACAAUCAGCCGGACAUCACCGUCAUCUUUCUCUCGGACGACGCGACUCCCAAGAUCAGCGAGAGCGCGCAACUCGGCGAAUUCGUCGCCCGGAUAUCCGUCAGCGAUCCUGACUCCCGGACGGAGUAUUCGAACGCGACGGUUACCUUGACAGGCGGCGAGGGUCACUUUGGUCUGACUACGCGGGAUAACAUCAUCUAUCUCGUGGUGGUAGAGCGACCUUUAGACCGCGAAGAGCAGUCCGUUUACGAGUUAUCGGUGGAGGCGACGGACGCCGGUACGCCUCCGUUGUGUGCCGAACGCACUUUUCGGCUGCUCGUCACCGACGUGAACGAUAACGCGCCCAAAUUCGAGCACGAGAGGUACGAGGCUCAUCUCUUGGAGGCGUCCGAGCCCGGGACGUCGGUGAUACAAGUGUUCGCGACCGAUCUCGACGAGGGCAUCAAUUCGGCGGUUCGUUACUCCUUGGCGAACGCAACGUGGUUCGCGAUCGACGAGACCACCGGAAUUAUCACCACAGUGACGCACGUGGACUGCGAAGCCAACCCGGCGCCGAUCUUGGUGGUGUACGCGACUGACUCUGGACGACCGCCUCUCAGCAGCAGCGCGACCGUGCGAGUCACCGUUCACGAUCUCAACGACAACGAGCCGAUCUUUGAGAAGCCGCUCUACAAUGCCACCGUGCCGGAGAACAUGCCCGUCGGACGCUGCUUUCUCAAGAACGCGAACAAGUUUAGUCCCGACAAUCCGAUGGGGUGUUUCACGAGAGUCGGCGCCGCAUCGUUACGUCCCGCCGUGCGCAUUUGUAUACACACCACGAUGACAAGGCCAGGAUGGAAUAAAGGAUAG